AUGGCCGACAACGAUCUUUCUGAUGUUCAAAUUGAGCAAUUGUUGAAGGAUGCUGAGGAGAGGAUGAGAAAUGCAAAGCAAGUCAUCGUGAGCGAUGAUAGCUCUACCAAAUUUUCUCUUCCGAACCUUGGUAAAACUUCAACAUCUGCAAUCACUCCAUACAUCACAUCGACAGGACACGUGGAUGCCUCUCAACUUGUACCCGCCAAGGACAGAAAACUGGCCAAUGGUGUGCGAACGGUGGAAGAUCCAAUUGUGACAAAAGCUAAAGCUGCAAAGGCAAAACAAGCUACUGCUGGAGCCAAGUGGUACAACAUGCCUAAGACUGUGGUCACUCCUGAGCUCAAGCGCGACCUUCAACUCCUCCGACUCAGAAGCGUAUUGGACCCCAAACGUUUUUACAAAAAGGAUUCGGCGAGAGCAGAAGUUCCAGAGUACUCUCAAGUAGGCACAGUCAUCGAAGGUCCCACUGAGUUCUUUUCUUCUCGCCUCACCAACAAGGAACGCAAACAGACCUUUGUCGAACAAGUCCUUGCGGGCGAGAAAGCAAACCACAAGUUCCGCAAUAAGUACAAUGAUAUCCAGGCUGCAAAGGCUAGUGGAAAGAAAGAGCAUUACAAGAAGAUGAAGGCAUUAAGAAAGAGAAGAUGA